UUGUCUUCGCCGCAGGUGUUGUGUGAUUGUAUUUUAUAUGUGAUUUGUGAUUUUUACUGUGAAUGAAUGUUUGUUUGGUGCUGUGAUUGCUUGGAAUGUGAGUGUAUUUGUUUUCAUAUAGCACUCAGGUAACAUUAUGGCUGGAGCAUCUUAUACUCAAGAAGACGGCGCGCUUGAAGACUGUGUUCUUUCUGUGUUACUUAACCCUAUUCGUGAUCUGACAGAGAAUUGGGAAAUUAAUUUGGCACGAUACCUUCAGGAAUACCAUGACUUGCUGGUUGAAAAUAGUUUAAAUGCUCAGGAAAUACUUAGUGCCAUCAAUUUUGCGAAAGCUGCACUCGUCAUUCAAAAAUCUGCUGACAUUUAUGGGAAGAAAGUGGAUUACUUGUGGCAGAUAUUGCAUAAUGUUUUAGAUACCAUUAGGAACCAGAGAAAUGAAACUGACCCUGCAAAACCUGGUGCACCAACGAAGAAAGGCAAGGAGGUGAAGGACAAUGCCCAUGUUUCUACAGAAUUCUGUUCUUUAGAUGAUGAAUAUGGCGCUUCUGCUGGGGACAUAAACAUACAAGCACGCGAGACACGCAGUAAGGUCAAGCUACUUCCCGUAUACAAUCCGCAGCUAGAUUCCUUUCUGAGUGUAAAGAAAAUAGAACUUUAUGGGCAGAGGGGUAACGCAGUCGGUAAUAAAUAUGAUUUCAGAGUCAAUAAAUACCUGUCAUCCACUGGACUGUUAAUUAGUGAACCAGAAUUAAACCAGUGUUCAGGCGCACUAGAAUAUGAUUACGAUGAGUUAUCAAGCCCUUCACCGGAACCUGCAAUUGAACAACAUGAAACUAUUCCAAUGGAAAUUGAUCCAGAGCCUGUCGAAAAUUGUGCCAUCGAAGUAUGCACACUAGCAGCCACACCAAGUCGAGAAGAAAUAGUUGAAGUUGCAACAGAUCAAGAGCAUGAGAAGAACAAAGCAGAAAAUUCUAGGAAAAGGGGGACUGCAGAGGUUGUUAAUGAGAAUCGUACUGGAUGGGAUAGCAUUGUGCAAAAAGAUGAGAGAGAAAGAGAACUACAACCAAGACCUACAGUUCAUAUGCCAUCUGCCACUGAGUACAUUUCAUCUGUAUUGCAAAAGAGACCUCCUGCUGACAAUAACGCAGGUAUGGAAAGAAACAAAAGACCACCUAGUUUUUUGUCAUUUUUUGCAAAGGAUAUAAUUUCGAAAGGGAAGAAAAAAGUAUGUUACUUAGCCUUUCAAGAAUAUUGCUGUUUACCGGAGCAGAAACGGUCUAAAGAAUCAGUCGAAUUAAAUCUAGACGAUGUUAUGAGGGACGUGGCUAGCGAAUUUGGCGAAGAAGACUUUUGCGGAUUUGAAGAGCCUGUGAUUCUUGAAAACGAGGACGACGUUAAUUUCGAAGCGAAUGAGGUCGAUGAACUGCCACUACUCGAAUGUUUACCUCCACCAUCCGACGUGCCUGCACCAAGUUACGCGGAAUUUGUUAGAGAGGCAAUUGUCGUUCCAGCAGUAACAGCAGAGGUCGCUGAAAGUAUAACACAGAUUGUAAAUGAAUGGCAUGAUUCCAUAAGACAUAUUUUGAAGGCAUCACAGGAAAGAGGUCAUUUUAAUAUUCAUAAAUAUUGUGAUUUAGUGCUUUCUCGAUUCCCACAUACGGAGGAACACCCAGUUUUGCCUUUCAGUGAUAUAGUGGGAAAUGAACCAGUCGAAAAUGUUUCGCGUUAUUUCCUGGCAACUCUUAUGCUUGCCAAUGCGUAUAAUGUGGAAAUAAUAAGGACCAUAGACGACCCUCUAGCAAUGGACUGUAUGAGCGCCAAGCUUCUUACGAGAGUAAGAGAUAAUGAACUCUUGAAAGAGAUGUACGAGUGAAUUCAUCCCUUUACAAAUGAUUCUCAAGGUGACAUUCUGAUUUCCAUUUUAAUGUCUAGAUUCAUCAGAACUUCACCUCUGGAACGGUAGUUAUUCUGGCGCAUAAAUUUGUUUUUACAAACACGUUAAUUGUUUGUAAUACUGUACCAAACUGAAAAAGGCGUCAUAAAAUCGUGUUGAAGUAAUUUAUUUUUAGAGUUUUUCUUUUUAAAUUUGAAAUGAGCCUGUCGGUUAUGUGAAUGUAAGUUCGUUACGUCACACGGGCUGUGCGCAUGCGCCAGCUAGCGGCUUCUACCGCUCUGUGUGUAACAUUCGCGCCAAAAUAGUUAUCUGGCUAGGCGUUGUACGUGUGGAUUACUGUUCUGAACAUGCCGGCGAGAAAAGGAAAACGCUCAGCUACGAAGACGUCCGCCGCAGAAGCAGCUAAAACGGCAGAAUCUACAGAUGCAGAACAAAAAAAGCCUCGUAGAAGUCCUAAAAAGUCUCAAGCCCAGCCUGCAUCACAAAACGUGGAGGAGGCUAAAACUGCAACUACGUUAGAGGAGGGCGAACCUGCACCUAAGAGGGCCAGAGGCAAGCAGAAGGAUAAAACUGAUGUUGCAGAUGGCCAAGAAUCGAAGAACACUCCCGAAAAACGCGGAAGAGGUAAAACUGAGUCACCAAAUAAACCAAAAUCUGGUGGUGAGGCACGUAAGUCAGUAGCGAAGAAAGGAUCGCCACGAGUUGCAGCAAAACCUAAACGAGGCGCGAAAGCCCGGAAAUCUGGUGGAAAAACUGCCUCUGCAAAGCGCAAGUGAUUUCAUGUUGAAUCAUUAUCCAAAAGUUAUUAAGGCACACUUUUCCUGAAGGCGCGUGGAUAUUUCUAUGAUUGCAGAAAAUUUUACAACUUCAGUAAUAUACAAUAUUACAGAUGAACUUUUAGUACUAAAAUAUGUCUGUAAAGGACAUAGUUCACUCUUUUUUAUAUAAUUUGUGUAUUUCAUGAUUGAGUGGCUUUUGUGUAAUGGCCACACUUGAAACCAUUUGUUACCAGAGUAUGAAAUAGUAGAAAAACAAAAAUGUAAUAUAGCGUAUAAAUAAGAUGCAGCAUACCUUCACUUUUUAAUAUUGAUGAUAGAAACAAUAUUUUGAUAUUAAUGACAUCUUACCUAGAGAGAUUGUAAUAUAUUUGCAUGAUAAAUACAGCUGUACUGGCCUGAG